UUCUAACUGUCAAGUUGCGGUGCGGUGUGGUUAGCGUGUUCCGUGUUGUGGUCUGCGCACGUGUGGUAAAUUUUGUUAUUUUCAGUAAAAAGCCUAUCAAUUUACUAUCAAAAUGGGUAAAAUAAAACAAGAACACGUCGAACAAGAAGAUCAAGCUGACGUUAGUGUUAAAACUGAGCCACAAACUUACGACGAAAAAGUCGAACAUUGCAGUGUGAUUGCCAAACCGAUGGCGCCGAAGAAACUUAGCAAAAAGAUAUACAAACUCAUCAAGAAAUCUACUUCUCACAAAAACUACCUUAGAAAUGGCCUAAAAAUCGUACAAAAACAACUGCGGCUAGGUGAAAAAGGGCUAGUAUUCUUCGCUGGAGACAUUUCACCAAUUGAAAUUAUGUGCCACUUACCCGCUGUUUGUGAAGAAAAGGACAUUCCAUACUGCUACACACCUAGCCGUAAGGACAUUGGUGCAGCUAUGGGCACAAUGCGAGGCUGCGUUAUGGUUCUCGUAAAAGAACACGAUGACUACAAAGAUUUGUACCAAGAAGUACGAAGUGAAAUCAAAUUGCUCGGACACCCAAUUUAGAUUGUAAGUUAAGAUCGUA